AUGGACGCCUUCCCUGAAGUUACUCCUCUGUGGGAUCUUUCCCAGAGCGUGGACAUUAAUCAGCUUCCCGACAACGAUUUCCUCGCCCUUCUCCAGAAGCAGUUCCCAACCGACAACAGUGGCUACAACUUCAUGGCGCCCUUCACAGACGGCAUUAACCCACAGAGCAUCACCCCCUUCGAACUUCCCAGUCUCACUCCCCCUUCAGAGGACAGUAGUCCAAGUCCACCCAACUCCAAUCAGGACGGCGGCGGCAACGACGAUGUCCCAGAAACAGCCCUCAAACGCAAGGCCAGCGAUGAGGACUUCUCAGACGACGGCCCUACCACCAAAUCUCAGCACACAGGCAACGACAAGAAAUCGAGUUCAGGUAACUCCAGGCGCAAGUCUACGGGCGGAAAUGGCAACAACAAGGAUGAGGGCCGUCUUAUGAAGCGCAAAGAGCAGAAUCGGGCAGCACAGCGGGCGUUCAGAGAGAGAAAGGAAAAGCAUGUCAAGGAUCUCGAAGACAAGGUUGCCGACCUUGAAGCAAAGAACGAGCAGGCACUGCACGAGAAUGAGAACCUCAGAGAUUUGCUGACCCGACUGCAAACCGAAAACGUAGCUCUCAAGCAGAGCUCGUUCACCUUCACUAUGCCCAAGGCCGCAAGUACUAAUGGGGACUCGUCAAAUACUCCACAGUCCACCUUCUCUUCGAUUUCCUCACCUCAGUCCGCAGCAUCCCCGUUGGCGGGAUCGUCCAAGAACACUAAUCCUAUCGAUUGGAGUUCCUUGACCACCUUUGAUCCUGCUGUUCUCAAUCUUUUGGACGACAGUGUUCCUCAGCCGACGGCUACGGAGGGUGCCAUGCAGAUGGACUUUGGCUUCGGUGCGACCUCGGGCACCGGCCUUGCCUCUAAUGCUCCAUAUACUUCCAUUGCCAGCAACCCCAUGUUUAUGUCCUUUGCAUCUACCUUUGAUAACCCAGCGAGCCCUACACCCUCUGCAUCUGGCACGACGACCAAUUUCAAUCAGAUGAAUAUGAACUUUGAUAUGAACAAUCUUUCCACAUGGAGCACUCCUUCGAACUCCCAGGACACGAUUCUUGAUGAUCUGUUCUCGGGCUAUUUGUCCUCGACGGGACAGAUGGAUAUGUCGCUGCUCGGCCAGUCGCCGGCGUCGUCGCUCAGCCCUGUAGCCCAUCAUGUUUCACCGCCGAAUGCAAACUCAACCAGCAGCAGCAAUAACAACACAUUGAACAAUGCUCGAUCUCCUGUUGCUUCAUCUUCUUCAUCCUCAUCGUCACCGUCUGUUUUAGGUACUUCUUCGCUGGUAUUUACACCGCGCGACUCGCCUGCUUCAUCGGCAUCCACACCCGCCUCGGACACUAACAAGACGAGCAGUUUGCCGAUUCACAGCGAGGAUACAUGUCCGCGGACGAGAAAGGAGCUAGAGAAACGGAUUGCAAGCGAGGGUGCGUCGCCGUUUGCGCCGCCUGUAAAUGUGCGUAAGAGCUCGGAUUCCGUAUUGGGCACCAUGAUUGCGUGCUCGGGGUCGAGUUUCCCCACGACAGCCAAAAGCGAUAAGAAUAUUGAAGUGUUAAGCGCCUGGAGGAGUAUUAGAGCAGAUCCCAAGUUCAAGGAUGCCGACAUCAAUGCGCUAUGUUCAGAGUUCACGAGCAAGGCACGAUGCGAUGGCACCAAGGUUGUGCUCGAACCGCAAGGGGUGCAUUCAAUAUUAGAAAAUCUAUCUAAGAAGCAGUAG